UAUCACACUUCGAAUCUUUCGCCCUUUGCAAUGGAGCCUGGUGCCUGAUUCCAACGAUCUGCUGGAGCUUGGAAAGUGGGCGCAAUCCCGACGCUCGGGUCCGAGGCAACUGCAAAAUGCGGAGCCUAGCGUUGACACGGCCCUGGUUGGUGAUUGCGGCGCUCUUCUUGGUGAGGACGUGCGCAGCAGACUCCAAGACGAAGAAGUACCCGCAGCACUCGUCCAAGGUGCAUUGGAAGAAGGAGGGCGAGUGCGCGCGCGGAUCCUGCUCGGGGUUUCACCCGGACGAGAAUGACGACUGCGUGAGCAAAUGCGUCUCCAGCGCCUGCUAUGCGGAGGUCUAUGAGUCCGAGCCAAUGGAGCCGGGAGAGGUUGACCGGGUGCGCCAGAACAGGUUCAAUUCCUGUGUUCGGAAGGAGCAGGACGAGGAAGCCAGACGCUUGGCAGAGGAGCGCAGGGCUGCGAAAGCAAACAGAUGACCGCA